AUGCCGCACACGAAUCCUACAAAAUGUGUUGCUUGCGAUCGAAGUAUUCGAAGUUCAAGAGUACGCUUUUUGAACACAAAUUUUCUGAGGGUUUUUGUGUCGAUCGAACAAUGUAAACGAGUAACAUCUAGCAACGCUAUAUGCGAUGGUUGUCGAUCGAAAUACUAUCGGUGGAAGAAAUUGACGAUGGGUGACUUUGACCAGUUUGAUACCAAUGAUCCAGAUUAUUUGGAACCUGAUGAUGAAGUAGAUGAAAAUAAUGAUAUGGUAAUAGAUGUUUCACCUUCAAUUUCAAUCGAUGAAGAAGAUGGACAAAUAGAUCCGAUGGAAAAAAAGGCAACAACGAUUAGUUUUCCUGUAUAUCGUUGUUCGAAAUCACACGGAUAUUGUAUCGUGUGCAAAACGAAUAAUUCUGAAUCGAAAUGUGUAUUGACAAAAGAACAGCGUACAAUGGUUUUUCUAAAACGAGGAAUUCUCGUACCUGAAAAUACUCGUUGUUGCUCUGUGCACAUGUAUAAGCGUGAACUUACUUAUGAAGCAUUGGAAAUGAUUCAACCUUCAAAACUUGAUGAUUUGAUUUUAAAUGGUGAUGAUGUAAAGAAUUUAAUGAUUGAUUUUCGUUUAACUAUUAAUUCCGCCAAAACGUUCGAUUUCGAUAAUCCGAGCAGUCUCGAUGAUGAUACUUACAAAACAAUUACUGGUCUUAGUCGAGAUAAUUUUCACGAUGUACUUGGCCAUUUAACAACUAUGAAUAAUUCUAACGUACGUUCUGUUAGAGUUGCUCUUGCUGUUUUCCUCACUAAGCUGCGACUUGGAUUUAGCAAUCGCGUCUUAGCUUGUCUUUUUCAUCUUAAAAGCAAGCGGACAGUGUCUCGCAUAUUCCACCAAGUGCGAGAAGCAUUAAUGAAAUAUUUUGUACCAUUAAAUCUCGGUUUUCAACAUAUUACACGUGAUGUAGUUCUUAAUUAUCAUCAAACAGUCAUUGCCACUGAACUUCUUACAAAUGAACCUGAUCAGAUUGUUUUAAUAGCUGAUGGAACGUAUCUUUAUUGUCAAAAGUCGUCGAACAACGAAUUUCAAAGACGUACUUACAGUAACCAUAAGCAUCGUCAUCUCAUAAAACCAAUGAUAAUUACCGCGAGCAAUGGCUAUAUACUCAGUGUACUCGGUCCGUUUUUCGCCAACUCAUCAAACAAUGAUGCGGCAAUUUUAAAGCAUUGUUUGCUCAAUAAUGAACAACAGAUUUUGAAUUGGUUGCGUGACGACGACAUCUUAGUAUUAGAUCGCGGGUUUCGCGAUGUUGUCAAUACACUCACUCGUCUUCGCCUCCAAGUUGCAAUGCCAGGUUUUUUACACAAUCAAAAGCAGUUUUCACCCGAUGAAGCGAACAGAACUCGUUUUGUAACAAAAACUAGAUGGGUUGUUGAAAGUGUAAAUGGCAAAAUAAAAAACUGGAAGUUCUUCGCGCAAACGCUUCAAAACACAUCGCUUCCGUUUGCUGGAAACUGCUUAGAUAUCGUAUGCACUCUCAUUAAUAAAUAUUACUGUCCAGCCAUCGCAAAUAUACAAGAUGGCCAAGAGAUCGCAGCACAAAUGCGUGAGAUGUGGAAGGCUGAAAAUGCAUUGGAACAACAUCUUCGAGAACUAGAUCAAGGAGAAACAUUGCGCUGGUCUAAAUACAAUGCUGCAAUGUGUCUUUUCCCGUCGCUUACAGAGGAUGAUGUGCGUAAUCUCACUUUUGGGUCAUAUCAAAUCAAAAUGGCAAAAUCAUACAUAGUCGAUCAUCUCCAACAGUCCGAUAUUAAUGAAGAACAACUUGAAUUUGUUGUGGAACUAUGUGGAGAACAUGAUGAUUUGGUACGAGCCCGAUUUCAGUCCCGCCAUUCAAACCGCAAGAAAUAUAUAGCUACGGUGAGAUUUAAUGAGAAAAAUGAACAACCUAUAACUGGAUGGUUCUGUACAUGCUCCGUGGGUGGUCGCGAAGUAGGUAUGUGCUCUCAUAUAACAGCAUUACUUUGGCAUAUAGGAGUUGAAAGAGCUAUGGUACCUACAUCAACUCAUCCACUUUCAGCUUCAAAACUAUUGACGGCUAUCGAUGAUAGCAUGACGUUUUCUGAUGAUGAAUAUAACUCUGACAAUGAUAUAAAUGAUUUGCGUGGAACCAUCGGAACAGCCAAUGCCACCAACGACACAGAACUGGAUUGGUGA